GGGCCUAGUUUCCUCUUAAAUGAAAAUUAUAUUUGGUGACUUUCCAGGUGGUGCACAUGCUUUUGAGUUCAUAAUUAGUCCUCACUACAAUAGUAUCAGCAUGGAUUUAACUCCAUCCAAUGUGUCCAUGCUAUGUUGUUCUUCUCCUCAGUUUUUGGAAAUGGAAUGUGAGAAUCUUGGAACACCAAGCUUGAAGCCUCAUAUUGAAAUUUUUCUUGAAGGAAUUCAUUUCUGGACUUGGUUUGAGCUCUUGGAAGCAUUGAAACAAUGUCAAGAAUUAUUUCCUUCCAAAAGUUACUUAUCAAUUCUAGACAAAAUUGUGGAUCAAUUGAUAGAAAGGUUAACUUCUCCAUGCAUUGUUACAAGUCCAUACACAUGUUCUUCCAACAGAUCCAGCUUCCAAAACUCUUGUGACACUACUAGCAGUAACAACAGUUGGAGAAAUAAUAACUGCUUUGGAACAACAUGGUGGUUUGAACAUCUUUUGUUCUUGAAUAUUGAUUUGUUGGACAAGAUCAUAAGAACAAUGAUAUCUCAUGAUUUUGAUCAUUGUGUAGUCUCCAAGUUUUUAUUCUACUAUCACAACUUGAGUUGUGUUGGUGCUUCACAAGGUGAAAAGAUUGAGACAAUUAAGGUUAUAAUCAAUCUUCUUUCAUUGCUUGAUAUAGAAUCAAUUUCUUGCAAGGAUUUAUUCAAUCUUAAUCGAAUCGCGAUUAGUUUGAAAGCAAGCAAAUUUUUUAGAAACAAUAUAGAAAGUCUUAUAGGCCCUCUGCUUGAUCAAGUAAAUAUUGAUUAUCUACUUGUUCCAUCUCCACAUGGGAAGGAUCAUGCAUAUGAUGUUGAUUUUGUGUUAAGGGUCAUGCAUAUUUUUUUGUUAGGAGGAAGUUUUGAGGUAUGUUUGAACCGAGUUAAGAGAGUUGUUAAAAUGAUGGAUUUGUUUCUUGUGGAAGUUGCUCCUGAUCCUUAUCUCAAAUCUUCUGAAUUUGAAGCAUUGAUUACAGUACUACCAGAUAAUGUGAGGGAAUCACAUGAUCAAUUAUACCUAGCCAUGGACAUGUAUCUAAAGGUUCAUGCAGGAAUAGAUGAAAAGGAAAAGAUGAAUAUCUGUUGUGUAUUGAAUCAUGAGAAGCUGUCACCAGAUGUUUUGAGACAUCUUACUAGAAACUUGAUAUUUCCUUCGGAAACAAAACCAAGAGCUCAUGUCACUAGACAGAGUAGAAUGAAAACAUUACUUCAGGAAAAUGAUCAUUUGAAAAACUUCUUUGACUCUAUGUUUGGUAAAAGCUUCAAGAACAUAGAUGUGAAAGAGGAUGUUGAAAAGAGAACUUAUGAUGGUGAAGAGCUAAGGAAAUUUGGAGAUUUGGAAGGAAUGGAGAGUGGGACCCAUCUGGCUUGUGUAAAGAAGUCAGGGAUUCAUACUAUGAACAAUACUAUAUACUUGCCAAAAUUCUGUUCAUGAUUAUUAUUUUUCAUGUUUUCACUCUGAAUUUUGUGUAGCCAUAAUUAGUCUUCCAGAAUUAAAGGUGUACAAAUAUUUUAUGUGCAGAUAAGAAGUCUUGGGUGGUUAACUA